CAUGUUCCACAGUUCUGGCUUCAGCGUUGCUGUCAGUACCAUGACAACAGCGGGUCGAGUGUGAGGAGCUGAGAUGUCUUGAGCUACCUGGUUUUACCACACAGUACUAGAGAAAACAUCACUGCAAUUACUACAGGAUGUCUUUGUUUAAGGCCCGUGAUUGGUGGGCAUCGGUGCUGGGCGAGGGCGAGGAGUUUGACCAGGGAUGUCUGUGUGUUGGGGAUGUGGAUAACAGUGGUACUGGAUAUGAUAAGAUUAUAGUGGGCAGUUUUAUGGGGAUGUUACGCAUCUUCUCACCACACCCUGCUAAACCGGAUGAGCUGACGGAAGCUGACACCCAACUGCUGGAGGUCCAGAUGCCUGACCCCAUCAUUCAAGUGGAGCUGGGCAAGUUUGUCUCUUGUUCAGAGUCGCUGCAUCUAGCAGUUCUUCACCCCAGGAAGCUGUCUGUCUAUGCUGUAUCAGGUACUGCCGGUAAUGUUGAACAUGGUGACCAGUAUCAGCUGCGACUGGUUUAUGAACACAACCUGCAGAGAACAGCUUGCAACAUGACAUAUGGCCCAUUCGGUGGUGUUACAGGUCAUCAUUUCAUCUGUAUCCAGUCCAUGGAUGGGAUGCUCAUGUUUUUUGAGCAGGAGAGUUAUGCUUUUGGUCGCUUCCUGCCUGGUUUCCUGCUGCCCGGCCCAUUGAGUUACUGCAUUCGCACAGACUCUUUCAUCACCGUCUCCUCCACACGGCAGGUGGAGUGUUACAGAUACGAGACGCUGGCUGUGGCCACAGAUGCAGACACCAAACAAGACUCGAAUCAGCAAAGCAAGAGCUCAGGAAAAAGACUGACUGCUGACUGGACUCUUGUGUUAGGAGAAGAGGCUCUAGAUAUCUGUGUUCCCAACACGUCUCCGGCGAUGUCCUCCAUCUUUGUGCUGGGCGAGAGAAAUCUGUUCUGUCUCAAGGACAACGGCCAGAUCCGCUUCAUGAAGAAACUGGAGUUCAACCCCAGCUGUUUUCUUCCUUAUGCAUCAGUGUCCGAGGGUUCCACCAACGUCCUGAUGUGUAACCAUAACAACAUGCUGCUGGUGUACCAGGAUGUGACGCUGAAGUGGGCCGCGCAGCUGUCCUGUGUGCCUGUGGCCGUGCGUGUCGCUAACUUUCUGGAACUAAAGGGUUUGGUGGUGACUCUGAGCUCUGAUGGGCAUCUCCAGUGCUCUUACAUGGGCACUGACCCCUCCUUCUUUACUGCACCCAAAGUGGACGCUAGAGAGGUCAACUAUGAUGAGAUCGACGCAGAGAUGAAAAUGCUGCAAAGGGUUAUUCGCGAGGCUACCAAAACACAAGACAUUCUCCCGAGGGCAGAGACCGAAGAAGAGCUCAGACUGACCGCCGUAGUCUCAUCUAGCCUGGACGAAGUCUCGUGUGCUAUUAUACCUGAGAUGAAUGGGAUGCCUGUGCCUUCUGUCACAGUCAAGGUUAAAAUAAAGAGUCGAGCUGUGGUGCAGAACCCCAAAAUGACGGUGUGUGUUCAGCCUCCUUUGGCAGUCACACAGGACCAGUUUGUGUUGGACUCUAUGGGUAUGACUGGCUUUCUUUUUUUGUCAUACUGUAAUCCUUAACAACAUGUUAUAAUC